AUGGGCGACAUGACAGAACAAGACUUGAUGGCCAUGGCCGUCCUGAAAAACAUGACACAUAGCCAAGGAGAUGGUGCCAGCGUAUGCUUUCAAUUCAACGGCACGCGUAUUUACGUGAGCAUCUUCCCAAGCAACGGCUCAUCGACCAAAGACACCCGCCACCUGCAGCAGAAGGAUCGUCCUCUCCAGGACCACCUCAUUGACAUCUUUACAGGGGAUUUGGUAUACAGAGACUACGAAGAGAUUGAAAAAAUUUACGACGAGGUCCUUGGCACAAUCCUGAAGGCUGACAAGCCUCUCUUCUCUCAGUUGGCAACUUCUCAACAACCGCCGCGCCGCGGGCAUCCGACUUUACAUCAGCUCUUGCUCAUCAAGACGCUCUACUUUCGCCUAGAAGCUGAUACAGGCCCUGCCUCGCUUGUCCCGAUCGAAUACAGCCAAGUGUAUUGGGUAGACGUGCUCAACCCGGUCCUCGACCUAGCCUUUGAGAAGGAGUUGGAUAUCUAUGGGCCUAUUCCUUGUCUCACGACUAUCGUUGCCGCCGUCUGCGUAGACGGGCGCGAUAUGUUAUGCAAGUCGCAGAGCGAGCCAAGCCGGCUACAAGACUGCCCGGACGCACGAGAGUUAGAGUGUUUGGGCAAGAUUCUCAAGGAAUACCCGCAGCAAGGCUCGAUACGAGUCCCCCAGCUUCUAGGCUACAUCCAUGACAAGGAUACCAAGAAGAUCCUGGGAUUCCUCCGCCAGUGGGUGCCCGGACGGAACCUGAGAGAGAUUGACCUCUCGGCCACGGCAGCAGAGACGAAGCAGAAAUGGGCCUCACAGAUCCGUGAAACCGUCCAGCUCCUCCAAAAGCUAGGAAUAGUGUGGGCAGAUCCUAAUCCCCUCUAUGUUAUCAUUGAUGAAAGGGAUGGUGCUUGGUUGAUUAAAGUCGGGGAUGAAUUGGAAGAAUGCUGGACCGGCACGGAGUUGAUGGACACGACUGAGAGAAAUGAGCAGGGCCUGGAUAUGAUUGAGAAAUUCUUGGGCGGCGACGACGAUGUGUUCCCUUGCUUAUAA